AUGGCUGAAUCUAAAACUGCACCUAUUCCCAUGGUUGUCCGUCAACCAUCCACCUCAGACAACCGUCUAUUCGACAAUCCGACCCUCUAUCGAAGCAUCAUGGGUGGCCUUUACUAUCUAGCUGUUACUCGUCCAGACAUCCAACAUGCGGUUAAUCGUGUCUCUCAAUCCAUGCAUGCUCCAACUGAACAAAACUUUCAGGCAUUAAAAAAGAUUCUUUGUUAUCUAAAGGGUAGCUCACGUCGUGGACUUCUUUUCCAAAAAGAAAAUUUGGAGCUCUCCAUCUACUCCGACUCAGACUGGGCAAACGACAAGGAUGAUCGUCGCUCCACCACCGGGUACCUACUGUUUCUUGGACAAAAUUUAAUCUCUUGGUGCACCAAAAAGCAAACGCGGGUAUCUCGUUCUUCCACCGAAGCUGAAUACCGAGCUAUGGCGGCUGGAGUUGCCGAAGCUAUGUGGCUUCAUCAUAUUACAGAUGCUCUUGGCCUUCCUCCUUUUCGGCCAAAGAUUUACUGUGACAACGAGUCCACCAUUUGCGUUACAAAAAAUCAGUCCUUCACGAUCGUAUGA